UGUGACAGGCAGCCGCAACGGACGGUGUUCUAUGGGGAUUUCGCUCCUUCGGUUCCCAGGGACAUUUGCGGCCGAAUUGGAUGGAGGGAGCAGGGAAUGGAUUUAUACCACGGCGGAAAUUACGAUACCAGAUUUCGGUUUGUAUGAUACCAAAUUUUGUUUUCACAAGAGGAAUCGAUGCUACAAGUUCGAAUUCAGAGUCUAUUUUUUCUCAUGCCAGCACGAUACCUAACUCAAAACGCACUACUUCUGUCUUCACUACUCAGUUCCGACCCGAAUGUACACCCCCGAACCCAAUUUUAGGAUCCGUUCUCUCCUGUUCAGCCGCGUCUUAUGGCUGUAUCUUUGCCAAGCGGCUUUUCGGGACAUGUAUUGGGGGUGUUCGUCUCUCUAGUUACGUCCCACCUCAACCAGGUAUCACUCUGUCAUCUGCAUUUACAAACGGUUCUAGCAAAUAUUCCCUAUCCCGUCAGUACCCCAUAAUCAGAAUUCACAUGCAUUCCAAGUCAGCUGACCCUGCAUUUGAUGUGACACAGCGUCUGGCCCAUGGAACUGUUGUCCACUGAGAGCGGGCUACGUAUAGCAUCAAGGCCGCGCACCCAACGCCGAGCUUAUCAUCGCUAUGCUUUACUAUAUCAUUGAGUGGCGCGGUGGACCAAUCUUGCUCGAUGGAACGGCCCGAUCCACACCCCUCCCCGCACCAGUAGGUCAGAUAUACCACGGCGUGGGGUAUUCCCGGUAUCCUCCCCGGAUGAUUGCUGGACCACACCUUUAUAUAUGCUUUUUACAUAAGGGAAUCGGCAUAUCGGCCAAUUACUCCUAGUCCCGAUGAUGCUGAUGCGUGUGGCUGCUGCAUGUCAUCCUUAUCCCAAGUCAAGGCCAUCCAGUAGAAUGAAGUUGGAC